AUGGAACCCAUCUCAGUGGAUGUCAGGAGUGUCGUGGAGGUCGUAGCCAGAUUUUGUAUAAUAUGCAUCUUUCUGGCCGAUUCGGUGCACUUGCUGACGGAGUGGAAUCUGGAGCGUGCUCUGCUCAAUCUGAACUGGCACUGCGGCGACCGAUUUGCCAAUUUCUAUAUUGUGACCAUUUUGGUCUCCCAGCUGGUGGCUUGCAGCUUGGUUUUCUUUGCCAGUAAACGCCAUCUGGCAGCUGGCCUACUCAGCCUAUUGAUCAGUUUGCGCAUUGGCUCGAACCCCAUGCUAUGGAGUUUGGAUAUGUAUGCUGAUAUCUGCGCCCUAAUGCUAAUCAUUGUGGUGGCCACCGUACCGCAUCAUCGUUUUCUUCGCUUCGGAUUUCUCAUUGUAGCCUAUAUGAUCUUUAAGAGCAUCAAUGAUGGUUUGUUCUGGCGAUUCAUCUAUCGCUAUGGGAUCAAAAUAAUGAUCGCUGUAGUCCUGAGUGGCUUUCACCUGAAAUGGUCGACGGUCUUUAUGCUUGUACUAUUCGUCGUUCAGAGCUUCAAGGCCUACGCCUGGUGGAUGCUUCCCUAUUCAGUCAGCAAUAUGCCGAUCAUAUUCUACUUGCGUUUUAAGUUCUGGCAUCUGGUUUCAUUGGUGGGCGGCCUAAUAUUUAGCGCUGUCAAUUUCCAGGAACGUUAA